UGGAGAGGUAAUUGCACAUGGUGUACCAGAAAAAGAAAGACGUCAGCAGAAGAUAAGAAAGUUAAAGAAUCUUGGAACACUUAAAUAUUUCCGGGGAGGCCGAACCCGACCUGCACAGCUCUGCCAGUAAUGCCUUUUUUCCGUGUACUCUGAAGUUCUAUUCCAUUGCUUGGUCCUACAGUUUUUUCAUUCGUGAACAAUACAUAUUCUUAUGGCAAGCAGCGAUAUGUCCAAUUGUAAAUAACUGGAUGAAAGUUAGCCUUGAUUGGAUAAUGAAAAUUGUUAUUGAUCCAAUCGAAUAGCUCUUUAUUGUUGUGCAUUAUAACUAGAAAUGUUGUGACAAUAUUUGGUAAGGGGAUGGCAGUCCAGUUCCAUGCAUAUAAUUUUCCCUAACAGCAUUCAUCUGGUGCCUCCAAACUUUACUGUACUAGUCAGACGCCUUUGACUUCGGUACAGUGGGACGUGUCAUUUUAUUGGAAAAGUAUCAGGAAUUAAAAACAUUUUUGGCAGUUUUGCGGGUUACCAUCAUGGAAUUUACAUCUAGUGCAAAUAGCUUCAUCAAGACAUUACUGAUAACUUUGUUUGUUUUCAAUAAAGGUUUCGGACAGUGGUCAGAUUGGUGGAUGUAUUCCGGUUUUUCAGGCCCAUCUAAUUGGCGUAUCAAUAAAGACUGGAUUCUCUGUAGCGAGGGAAAAUUGCAGUCCCCCAUAAACAUCUCGGCUGAGACUUUACUCUUCGAUCCGGGGCUGAAAGAUGUUUUAGUAACUGGAAAUAGGGUCAUGGGAAAUUUGACGAAUUUAGGUAAUGACGUCACGUUUUUUGUCCGCGGUGCUCGCUCGGUGACUCUAUCUUUAGGACCUCUACCGUACGUUUAUAAACUGUCACAGAUCAAGUUCCACUUUGGCAGGAAGGAGGGAAUGGGAACAGAACACGAGAUAAACGGCAGAAGGUUCGACGCUGAGAUUCAUCUUAUGGCGUAUAAUUCCGAUCUCUUCCAUAACUUCACUGCAGCAGAACGUGCACCCAGGGGUUUGACGAUUAUCAGUCUGUUUGUUAAGGCAAACCGAGAUUCAACGCACACUGAAAUUAACAAAAUAACAAGUGCUCUCAGCAAAAUUCAAUUCAGAGGUAAUACAACUUUAAUAGAAGAACUCUCAAUUCAACGCAUCCUUCCAGAAAACCUACAAUAUAUGACUUAUGAGGGAUCCGUAACGCAACCCGGCUGCUAUGAAACGGUCACAUGGAUCCUUCUGAACAGACCAAUCUUCAUUGGGGAACACCAGUUAAACGCUUUAAGGACCCUAAGGAGGGACACACCAGAGAACCCCCAGGCGUUUAUGUUCGACAAUGUUCGCCCCGUCCAGCCUUUACACAGACGAACCGUCAGAACCAACAUUAAUACGAAUAGCAAAUGUCCAAUCCGGAGAGAGGUCAGGUACAAGGUGAAUAAGAAAGUCAUAAAGCAAUAAAACAGUCGGAACUCAGACCAAAUCUACCUCAAUAAGACAGACCAACAACUGCCCAGCACAAGUCUCCCUAGGUGACGUCCCAUUCCUGUUAUCCGCCGGUUGCCAAAUACUGACUAGUAUCUACUCCAUCUAUAACCACCUCCGGUGACCUUGUGUUUUCAUCGAUCCAUCAUUCAAUUUAACUUGGUGCUAUUUUUUAAAAUUAUUCUUUUAUUAAGAUUUUGUGUUUAUAUGUAAAAACCUUGCGAAUGUAUGUAUAUUUAGUCCUGAUAUUAAAAAAGAAAAAG